AUAAAUAUACUUAUAGUCCUAUCAGUAAAUAUCAUUCUAUCCACAUGUUUAAUUAUAAUUGCCUUUUGACUUCCUCAACUCAACCUGUACACCGAAAAAGCAAACCCUUAUGAAUGCGGAUUUGAUCCUAUAAAUUCAGCUCGCCUCCCAUUUUCCAUAAAAUUUUUCCUGGUAGCAAUUACCUUCUUACUAUUUGAUUUAGAAAUCGCACUGUUACUUCCACUACCAUGAGCCAUCCAAAUAUACAAUAUUAAUACAAUAAUACUGACAGCCUUCAUCCUGGUCUCCGUUUUAGCCCUAGGAUUAGCCUAUGAAUGAACACAAAAAGGACUAGAAUGAACCGAAUAA